AGUAUAUUGUCUUCUCUUGCUCAUGAAGCCUCCACCCACCGGCCCACCCUACAUUUAACAGAUCAUGUGACCGUGGUAAGUCAUUUGCAAGUACAACAGUUCUCUGUAAGCUCCCAUUCAUUUCCUGAGAACUGCCCUGAGCAGCUGAGAGGAGCUGAGAGGGGAGGGAGUCACAGAGAGAGAGAGAGAGAGAGAGAGAGAGAGAGAGAGAGAGAGAGAGAGAGAGACAGAGAGGACUGUAUAAGGAAGACAGUUUCUGUCGCUCUGCAGCUCCUGGUAAGACGCCAUCAAUAACAGGAUGUUAAUGCUAGACGGAAUGCCUGCAGUCCGAGUCAAAGCAGAACCUCUGGAAUCUGAGAGAGGGUCACCCAAAGUGCACGGCUAUCCUGAUAUGGAGGCUGUGCCACUCCUGCUCAGCAAAGUGAAGGCCGAACCUCCAGAAGACCUGCUCUCGUCCGAGCAAUUUCAGACCCAGACAGAGCCCGUGGACCUGUCCAUCAACAAGACACGGACAUCAUCUCCUUCAUCCAACAGCUCACCCAUUACCUCAGCCUUCUCUCCAUCUUCCUCUUCAUCAUUGUCAUCCUCACCUUCCGUCAUCACCUCAGUCUCCUCGGGAAUGCCCUCCAUUUUGACACCCGGGCCCUUGGUGGGUUCUGCUCAUGGAGUUAGAGGCCAGCAAUUUUUGCACAUCAUCCACCCCGUCCCCCCUUCCAGUCCUAGUAAACUUCCCAGCCAGGUGCACCGUAUCCCUGUGGUGGUGCAGUCACUGCCCCUCAUGUACACCACAGCCAUACGUUCCCCUUCAACCCUCAACUCCACCAUCAUGUUACCUCUGCUGGACGAGGCCAAGUACCAUGGCAAAGCAGCACAAACAGACCACAAUGGCCUGUCGCCAAGACAAAUCAAAAGUGACAGUGAUGAUGACGACCUGCCAAACGUGACCUUGGACAGUGUUAAUGAAACAGGAUCCACUGCGCUGUCUAUAGCACGAGCAGUCCAGGAUUCCAUGUCACCAUUCAGUAUUGAGAGCAUUCGACGGCCACAGCCACCUGAAUCUCCAGACUCCAAGAAACGACGCAUCCAUAGGUGUGACUUUGCAGGCUGUAAUAAAGUUUAUACCAAGAGCUCCCAUUUAAAGGCACACAGGAGGACACACACAGGUGAGAAGCCAUACAAGUGUACCUGGGAUGGCUGCACAUGGAAGUUCGCCCGCUCGGACGAGCUGACGCGGCAUUACCGUAAGCACACAGGGGUCAAACCCUUUAAGUGUGGGGACUGCGACCGAAGCUUUUCUCGCUCAGACCAUCUGGCCCUGCACCGUCGCAGACACAUGCUGGUCUGAACCCAUCCACUCAUUCACACACGGGAGAGCUGGAUCUCCCCCAGUAGUGUUCAGCUGGGCUGGACACAGACACGGCCAUCCCUGCCCCUGAGAAAGAACGAAAGAGAGGAUAAAGCAAGCAGUGGAGGAGCAUGAUGCUUUCCCCACAUCAACAGAGCUAAACAGGGUCCAUUCAGGGAGGGACAUGGCUCAUCUACAAGCCUGAAACAUUUGGAGUCCAGGAUGUUGAUUGUCUCAUGUCUGUUCAAAGGAUUAUUUCACACGGACAAAUGGUUUGUUUUCUGAUUUUCCCUUUCCGAAUCAUCCGUGUGGUGUGUUUUCACAUGGCUGCUUGUCACUCAUCUACAAUGUGAAGCAACGCAGAGUGGAAUGGCUCUACGUGUUCUUCAGACAGAUGCGAAGGGGAGCUUGACCGUGAGUGGUAUGCUUGCACAGUUUUUUACAUUUACAUCAAGAGCCAGACUAUUUCAGAAGGAUUAAGUCGAUCUUCUAAUGCGAAGACUUUGGGCCAGUGAUUCCAGAGGUUUCAGAAGUUGCCAUUUACAGGUUAACACACCAGCGAAUGAGAUUACACAACAAACUAUCUAUCAUAAUGUUCAUUUUGGGUCAUUAUAUCUUCUAUUCCUCCUAGCUGAUGGUUUUAAUGAAUGAAUUUGAUAGGAAAAAUGCAGGUGCAGUCUAUUCUCCACAUUUGUCUGAAUUGUAUCACAUUGACUCAAUAAUUAGGAAAAUACGUGUAAAUCUGGAUAAUGAGGGUCUUGAGGCAGAAGAGCAAUAUACUCAUUCUGAGCACCACAGAGGUGAGCUGGCCUGGUCCUCCUCACCCUGUUACACAGUCCAAACUUUUGUUUUCUAUAAUUCUGAUACCUCUUCUAUUUAUAGUGGAUUUCUGGAGGUGUAGUCUCUCAAAACUUUCUAGGAUAUGCUCUGUUUUCUUUUCAUUUUGUGAGAUUGCUUUUGAACUAUGAAGCCUGAUGUCAUUUAUGGUCAGUACAACAGCACUGUUCAUUGGCUUUGUCCUUCACUUUGUAUUUAUGUGCAUCUUUGCAAACAUCAGUGUGUCCAAUCGCUAAUUAUUUUGAUGACACUUAAUUUAAUUAAUGCAUUUGGUAACAUUGGUAACUAACAAUGUACUGUACAUUACCAUUCAUAAGUUUGGGGUCAGUAGGAAUUUUAAUGUUUUUUAAAAGUCUCUUAGGUUUACCAAGGCUGUAUUUAUUUAAUAAAAAAAUAAGAGUAAAAAAAAUAUUAUAAUAGAUAUUAAAAUGUAAAACAACUUACAAAAAUCUAAUUUAAAGGGGGGUGAAAUGCUAUUUCAUGCAUACUGAGUUUUUUACACUGUUAAAGAGUUGGAUUCCCAUGCUAAACAUGGACAAAGUUUCAAAAAUUAAGUUAUACGUUUGAAGGAGUAUUUUUGUUCCAAAAAAACCUCUUCCGGUUUGUCACAAGUUUCGGAAAGUUUUUUUCGAGUAUGGCUCUGUGUGACGUUAGAUGGAGCGGAAUUUCCUUAUAUGGGUCCUGAGGACAAUUCUGCCAGAAGAGUGCGCUAGCAGAGCACUGAGAGGCUGAGCACAGCCUGCUCAGAGCGAGAGCGUCGCGAAAAGUCAAAAAAAGAAGUGUGUUUUUGGUUGCCAGGGCAAGACAACCCUGCACAGAUUACCAAAAGAGAAACAGCAUUAAGGGACCAGUGGAUGGAGUUUAUUUUUACAGAGCAUCAGGAGUUGUGCAAGUGUUUUUGUUUGUUCCCUGCAUUUCGGAUUGCACAUCGUUUAUUUCUUAAGGAUAAUGCAGUCCCAACGAAAAACGGUCACGAUCGUGUGUACAUGCGGUGAGUAAAACUGCUUCAAAUAUCUCUGUGUUGUUAACUUAGCUAUCAGCGCAUAAGCACAUCAAGUAAACAACAUGCGAUGUUGUCAUCAAACUGCAGGUUCCACAUGUAACUUACAGCUUAAAAAAAAAAAAAAAGACGACAUAAAGUGGAACUUAGUCAUUUUCCAAAACCGCUAAGCAAAGAUAUACAGUUUCAGUACAUACCACAUAGAUACGCCUUUGCUGAUGCUGCUCUUGUUAAAUUUCAGCCUCUGGAUCUGUGUCACAGCUUCCAAACGCUCUCAAUGCAAAAGCCUACUGGCGCUCGUGAUUCUUUAGCUCCGCCCACACGUCACGCCUCUAGGCGCUCGUGUUUUUCCCGGAAAAAUCGUUACAGACUAUCUUUCUCUUAUAAAGACUUUUUGGAGUUAUGAAGGAUGCAGUACUACUCUAUAGGUGCUCAAGAUUAACAGGAUAUUGAGUGAAAACGAGCAUUUCACCCCCCCCCCCCUUUAAAUAAUCAUAUAUUUAUAUAUAAUAUAAUAUUCAUAUUUAUAUUAUAAUAUAAAAUUAUAUUAUAUUUCAAGCAGCCAUUAAUGUCACAUGAUCCUUCAGAAAUCAUUCCAAUAUGCUGAUUUGUGUGCUUAAUAAUUUUGUGGAAACCCUGAUACAGUUUGUUUCAUGAUUCUUUAAUUAAUAUAGAGUUAAUUAUUUGAAACAUACAUCUUUUGUGACUUUCUAAAUGUCUUUACUGUUGGAUUUGAUCAGUUUUAUGACAUCCUUGCUGUACAAAUGUAUUCAUUAUUUUCGUAAAAAAAAAAAAAAAAAAAACUUUUUCAAUCAUCCUAGCAUGACAGCAAUUGAACAAUCCCUAAAGUCACCAGGAGAGGGCAGCCAGUGAGCUGAAUUACAAAGGGAUCCUUGAUAUGAUCUCUUAGUGUUUUUCUUCUCUUUUUCUCUCUUUACAUUUUCUUCACGCAUUCUAAUGUUGGAAAGUGAUUCAAAUAUUUACUGAGCCAUAUCUGUUGAUAUUAGAAUCUUAAUCAGAAAUGUCUAAUUUCUACCUAUUAUUUAUCUAUCCAUUCUAAGCAUUCUUAGAGGGAUUUAAUGAAUAGGCCUAUAUAUAUAUUUAGACACACUACACUAAGAUACUGAAAAAAGCAAUAUGCUGCACUUGUGUGAAUACAACUAUUUCUUUUACAUACUGUACCCUGAUCAAUUCACUGUGCGUUCCAUGUUGUGCCGUUCAUAUAGGUUUUCACUGAGAUAUCAAUUUUUUUUUUUUAAAGGAGAGCUGUCAAAGUUUUCUAUCCCUGUGAUCCAUGUGCACUUUCAAGUGGCCACAGAAAGUCUUGUGACUGCUUUUCAGAUGAUUAGAACUUACAUUCACUUUUAAGUCUGCCUGUGCAUGCAGGGUGAUCAAACAUGCUGACUUAAUCUACAAUCAAUCACAGUUGCUGGGGCAUGUGAGGGUUUUCAUCACCAACAAAAGGAAACUGAAGUCAAAUGCUGUGAAAGGAAACGUCUCAAUAGAAACAUUCUUUUCUUAGUAACCAUUUGUCCAUGACCAAUCCAUUUCUUUGUUUGUUUGUUCAUUCUGAAGUAUUAUAAUCCACCAUGUUUUAUGUUCCUCGCUAUGUAUUUGUGUACACACGUGUGUAUUCUGUUGUGUACGGGCUUGAACAUAACAUGAGCACCUUGUUUUUAUGAAGUAUGGAAGUAAUUAUUUUCAGACAGACAUGACAUUAAUCACCAGUGUGUCUUGUCAUCAUAUUCUGUCUUUUGAAAUGUGUCUGUAAUGUGAGGCACUUCAUCUUCAUAUGACUAUUUUCUGUACAAAAAAAAAUACUUUUAAAGAUGUUGUAAUAUAUGUGAAAGUGAAAAGAUAUUGCUCCGUUUUACAGGCUGUAAAUACCUAGUAAAAUAGGGCUUUUUAAAAAAAAAAAAUUAAAAAAGGGAUUAUCUUUAUAUGUAAUAUGCAGAUUUUUCAGAGACAUUCAUUUAGCUGAUAUAAUAAAAAAAAGUGUUCAGCUGUUCAGUGUGUGAGAACAAUGAAGGCUUGACAUUUUAAAGGGUUACUUCAGCCAAAAAUGAAAAAUCUGUCAUCAUUUACUCACCUUCAUGUCAUUCCAAGCUUUUAUGACUUUCUUCUGUGAAACACAGAAGAUAUUUUGAAGUUUAGACUUUUGGACAAAAGCAUUCUUCAAAUUUAUUUUUAAUAUUUUGUGUUCUACAGAAGAAAGUCAAACAGAUUUGGAAGAUCAUGACGAUGAAUAAAAGAUGUCAUAAUUUUUCAUUUUUAGCUGACGUAUCCCUGUAAAUGCACAUGUAGGGCCAGUUUGAGUGCAACCGUUUUUUAUGAACAAUCAAAUCAAAAGUUCAGCACAUUACAGUAUUCAGGCACUGCUGCCUCAUUUUUAGUAAGUUCGAUGUUUUUAUACUGACUCUAAAAAUGUGAAUAAAUCAAAAACAACCCAACAAAACACGUGUUUGCAACAGUAUUCAAGAGUCAUGAUAUCAUUAUACUGGUAAGAUUUCAUUUCUUUUUUCAAUCUGAAAAAUAAAGGGUUGUUUUACUCAAUUCUGCAUUACUUUCCCUCCCCUUUGGCAUUCUUAUGUUUUUUUGUGGCAUAAUUUUGUAAAGGCAAACAGGGUCAAAGUUAUGCAAUAAUGACGAGUGCCUAGUAUUAUUAAGAUUUUCAUGGUUUAAUCACCCAGACAUGACACAAAGAUCUGUUCUUUUGAAAUGCACUGAGCCUUAUGACCCAUUUUAAAGCUGUAAAUAUCCCGGUUGGUGUUUUGCAGACAUUCUUUAUGUGUCUCCUAUGGAAGCUGCAUAAGAUUUACAUGGUAUUCUCCCCCAUGGAAGGACACAAUUGUUUAAUUAACAGGACUCUGGUUUACCUCUAACUUUAUAAAGUUGUGUGAACUUCUCAUGCGUCGCCAGUUAUGGAAAUCGAGCAGUCACAGGAAAUAUUCUGAAUGUUAAAGCACUGGUGGUACGGCAUAAUUCCUCCGUGAAUAGCAUUUCCCCUCUUGAGUCUCUGUAAAAUAUUGCCUUUGUUUAUGUAUUUGCUUUACUUUCUUUGAAAUCAUGUAUUUACUCAAUGGCCUUUUUCUUGUUUUGCUGGUAUUCUGUAAUUAUCUUUCUUGUAUUUAUGUAUAGUGUGUGUAUUGUAAAUAUGUUGAGUUUUUCUUCUUCUUGGUUUUACUGUAAAGUUGUGAUAUUUUAGCUCACUGCACUUCAACGGGAUUCCCUUCACCACUGAAUCCUGUUGGAGGAUGUCACUUCCCAAACGUUUGAAAAAGGUUGAAAGUGUUUCAGCUUUAUUUUACUUCUUCAGGAGUUGUCUAAAUAUUCUGUGCUUUUUGCUAUUCUCUGUAUUUUCUUUUCUUUCGUUCCUUUUUUUUUUCUCCAGAAGAUUGAGCUGUGAAUUGAAAUUGAGGUUACACAUUAUACUUGUUUGAUAAUCUAAUCGGAGGCAUGGAAGUUAAUAAACUUGCAUUUUGUAUGGAA